AGGUUGUAUGAGCGAGAAUGUCGUCGCACAUGAGAAACAUGUCGCGAUUGACAUCAUCAUUCUCGAAAAAUGUCCUUGUCAAAAAACACGCGCCAGCAGCAGAGUUCACUCAGGUCCGAUGGAAGGUGUAUCCCAAAUCCUAUAUGGAUCCAACAAUCAACAGAGAAGAGUUAGCCAAGCCAUUGCCUGAACUAGACGAGAGGAGAUUUCGACCAAUCAAAGCUGCGAAAGUUGAUGAGACAACAUCAGUCUUUUAUGAUCCUGAUGUGAACAAAUUUGUGUCUACCAUGAUGAAGGGAGGAAACAAACAGCUGGUGACGGAUAUAAUGGAAAAAACUUUUGAAAACAUUAAGAAAAUCCAAGUUGAGAAAUACCAUAAGGCUUCCCCAGAGGAGAGAGAGGCCAUUGAGUGUAACCCGGCUGUCAUAUUUCACCAGGCUGUUGAAAACUGUAAGCCAGUAUUAAUACUGACAAAGAUACCUAAAGGAGGUGUUAUGUACAGGGUGCCAAUUCCCUGUGUACCCAACCAGCAAAAGUUUAGAGCAAUGAAAUGGAUUAUAGAAAGUUGCAGAGAUAAGGAGAGAAAGCUUCCCAUGGAGGUGAAGUUAAGUUUGGAACUUCUUGAUGCUUACAAUAACCAGGGAAAAAGUAUACGAAAGAAGCAAGAUCUUCAUAGGCAGUGUGAAGCUAACAAAGCAUAUGCUCAUUUCCGGUGGUGAAAAUUGUCAAGUUUUGGAGGAAGCCACAUGACAACAAAACAGGGAAGCUAGCACAAGUGGAUGAGAAAACUGCAGCAAUACCCAUGCAGGAUCAUAGGCCAGAGAAAAUCCUGCUUGCAGAUGGAUCAACCAAGUCCUGACAGUUGGGUGUUCAAGACUGAACAAUACGCCCAGUUCUUGUCCUUGCUGACAGACUAAUGCAGUGCAGUAUGCAGAUUAGAUAUUACCCUCAUGUUCAUCUAGAAUAUUGACAGCAUUAUACGUGCAGUGUGAGAAGACCGAAAACAGUUGUCUCCCUUUGUCACAUCUUGUCAUUUGAACUGCCUCAGACUUUCCCCUGUACAGUGCGCAUGUUCAUCUGUUCAUGUACAGAUUCACACAUCUUGUUUUUCUUGCAUUAGCUAUGUAAAGUGUAUCUAUAAAAAAAUGCAAACAAUGACUGAUUACUGAUAUAAUUUAAUCGAAAUGGUUCCCCAAUGCUAAUAAAAAUGGGUUAGCAAGGAAUUCAACAACAUGUCAUUUCUAUGUACAAGUAGUAUAACAUUUGACAUCUACUUGAAACUCUUGUAAUAUACAUACACAGGUAUGUGUUGUCGAGGUUUGUGGCAUCAGACUUGAUUACACAGCCUGAUCAGGAACCAGUAAGUGGAUAAUCAACGCAGUCUACGCAGGAAUACAAAAAGUACGAAGUAUCAGUAAAGACAGCAGUAGAAAAGUAUAAAGUCUUCAGUAAAGACAGGCGUACAAAAAGACCAAAAUUUUCACUAGAGGAAGAUACAUGUAUGUAGACCCACAACUUCAUUCAGAGGAAUUGUUCUCAGUAUUCAUUUAUUUAGCUGAUAUUUCACUUAUUUGAAGUCAGAUUUAUAGGUGUAAAUAAAUGCUCAGCAUAACUGUGCUAUGUCUUAUCUUGUGCUAACCAAUGUCUUAUAGAGUAUCAAAACUUUAUUGCAUCUUUAAUUUCAGAAAUACAUUUUUGUGACUAAAGGAUAUAAAGAUCUUAGUCCUUCAUCAACCCUGCACACACAAAAAAAAUGUAAGAUAGGCUCUAUUAGAUUAGUAGCCACAAAAACCACAGAUUGCAUAAGUAUGAUUGCUCUCAUUUGCCAGAAAUGUUACUUCCUGCCGAGGUAGACUAAAAUAAUUUAUCCACAUAAAGUACAAAGUUUGCUUUCAGAAAACAAUAUAUAUAAUGUAUGCACAAGAAAGACAGGGGUCAUGACAAGAGAAGUAGUUCUGGGGUGAGUCUCUGAUGUCAGCCUAGAAAACCUGCAAACCAGACCUACUACUGCAUGCUAUGCAGACACGUCGGCCAUCCCAUCCAAUCACUUGCUGUAAGCAGACGUGUCAAAACUCUCACCAAGUCACUUACUGUAUACUGGCACGUCUGACAUCCCACACAGUCACUUACUGUAUACUGGCACGUCAGACA